AAUUCUCUUUCGCUUCGUCUUUCUUUCUGGAGGCGUCCAGAACUCGGAGUGUUCUGGAAGUUCCGGCCUGCACUCCAUUCCGACCCCAGCGGUACAUAAAAAAGUGGCAAAACUUCUUCUACCCUGUCGCUACUUCUCCGAUCCAGGAACUCAAACUCCUCUCAGGACAGGGGGCAAAAAAAAAAAAAAGCAGCCGCCUUUGAUCGAAAGUCUAUCGAUCCGUUUCCACGGAAAUGGCGACGGUGAAUGCGAUCUCCUCAGCCUCCAUCUUUCGGUCCCCUCUCCAGCAGGAGGGAUUGAGAAGGAGGGUGAGCCAAGGGCAGAGGCCGAGGCGGUUGGUGGUGCGCGCCAAGGCCAAGGAGAUCGCUUUCGACCAGAUCUCGAGGUCUUCCCUCCAGUCCGGCGUCGAGAAACUCGCCAAUGCCGUCGGAGUCACUCUUGGCCCUCGAGGGAGGAAUGUUGUGUUGGAUGAAUUUGGAAAUCCGAAGGUGGUUAAUGAUGGCGUUACAAUUGCUCGUGCUAUUGAGCUUGCUGAUCCCAUGGAGAAUGCAGGUGCAGCCUUGAUACGAGAGGUUGCAAGCAAGACAAAUGACACAGCCGGUGAUGGAACCACGACUGCAUCAGUUCUUGCUCGCGAAAUCAUAAACUUGGGUUUAUUAAGUGUGACUUCUGGGGCAAAUCCUGUUAAUAUCAAGAAGGGAAUUGACAAGACUGUGCAGGGGCUGGUUGAGGAGCUUGAAAAGAAAGCUCGGCCUGUUAAGGGACGUUCUGAUAUUAAAGCUAUUGCCUCUAUCUCAGCUGGCAAUGAUGACUUCGUGGGCAACAUGAUUGCUGAUGCUAUCGAUAAAGUUGGCCCUGAUGGUGUUUUGUCCAUUGAGUCUUCAUCAUCAUUUGAGACAACUGUUGAGGUUCAGGAAGGAAUGGAGAUUGACAGAGGUUAUGUUUCCCCACAAUUUGUUACAAAUCUUGAGAAGUUGAUUGUGGAAUUUGAAAAUCCCAAAGUUCUGGUGACCGAUCAAAAGAUUUCAACGAUAAAGGAAAUUAUUCCUUUGUUGGAGAAGACAACACAAUUGAGAGCUCCUCUGCUCAUAAUUGCUGAGGAUGUAACAGGGGAAGCUUUGGCAACCCUUGUUGUGAAUAAGCUUCGGGGUGUUCUUAAUGUUGCUGCAAUCAAGGCACCUGGUUUUGGUGAGAGAAGGAAGGCAAUGCUUCAAGAUAUUGCAAUUCUGACAGGUGCUGAGUUCCAGGCCAGUGAUCUUGGCUUGUCGAUAGAGAAUGCAUCUGUGGAGCAGCUUGGCACUGCAAGAAAGGUUACCAUCUCUCAGAACUCUACAACCAUCAUUGCAGAUGCAGCAACCAAAGAUGAGAUCCAGGCCAGAAUUGCCCAGUUAAAGAAGGAGCUUGCUGAGACAGACUCUGUUUAUGAUUCUGAGAAGCUGGCUGAAAGAAUCGCAAAACUAUCUGGUGGUGUGGCUGUUAUAAAAGUUGGUGCUGCAACAGAGACGGAGCUUGAGGACCGUAAGCUCCGGAUUGAAGAUGCCAAGAAUGCUACUUUUGCAGCUAUAGAGGAAGGGAUUGUUCCUGGUGGCGGUGCUGCCUUUGUUCACCUGUCCACCAGUGUUCCUGCCAUCAAGGACAAGUUGGAAGACUCAGAUGAGCGCCUGGGUGCCGACAUUGUGCAGAAAGCACUGGUAGCACCUGCAGCUUUGAUUGCUCGUAACGCAGGAGUGGAGGGGGAAGUGGUGGUGGAGAAGAUCAAGGACAGCAAGUGGGAGGUUGGCUACAAUGCGAUGACCGACAAAUAUGAGAAUCUGGUAGAAGCUGGAGUAAUCGACCCUGCAAAGGUGGCCAGAUGUGCGCUACAGAAUGCUGCCUCGGUUGCUGGAAUGGUCCUAACAACGCAGGCCAUUGUGGUGGAGAAGCCCAAGCCGAAGGCUCGCCCUGCUGCACAACCUCAGGGCCUUGCCGUGUGAUUGGGUCUUUUUUCCUUCGAGCGUAAGGUUAGAAGUUACAGAUGAAUGGUAGUGCCAUUUGAAGUAGUGUUAUUGGAUUUAUCUUGAAGCGGACUUUUCUAUUUUGUGUUUUCAUAUUCUACUUAGAAUUUUUGAGAUGCUUAAUGAGAUCAACACUUGAUACAAUCGGAUGAAUUUAAGCAUGGGGUAAUUGUUCACCAUAAUGAGGUUUUCUGGCUACAAGCACUCUAAUGUCUUUCAUGUUAAUAUAAGAAUUUGACUGAAUGGUUCUGAGUUAA